UCAUGGGAGUCGACAUCCGCCACAAUAAGGACCAAAAGGUUCUGCGCAAGGAACCCAAGAGCCAGGACAUCUACCUGAGACUGUUGGUCAAGCUGCACCGGUUUCUGGCCAGACGGACCAACUCUACCUUUAACCAAGUUAUGUUGAAGAGAUUGUUCAUGAGUCGCACAAACCAGCCACCUCUGUCCCUUUCCCGGAUGAUCCGGGAGAUGAAGCAGCCUGGCGGGGAAAACAAAACCUCUGUGGUUGCCGGGAGGGUAACCAAUGACUUUCGGGUCCAGGAGGUGCCCAAAGUGAAGGUGUGCGCGUGUGCGUGCCAUGUGAGCAGCCUUGCCGGGAGCUGCAACCUCAAAGCUGGAGGCAAGAUCCUCACCUUCGACCAGUUGGCCCUGGCCCCCCAAGGCUGUGGCACCGUCUUGCUCUCUGGUCCGCGCAAGGGCCGAGAGGUGUACAGGCAUUUUGGCAAGGCCCCAAGAACCCCACACAGCCACACCAAACCCUACAUGCGAUCCAAGGGCCGGAUCCAAGAGCGCGCCAGAGGCCGCAGGGCCAGCUGUGACUACAAAAACUAA